UUAAAAGCUUAUUAUCGUCGUGCAGUUGCCAAAAGUAGAUUAAUGAAAUAUAAAGAAGCUAUAAAUGAUUUAAAUAUUUUAUUAAAAUUGAAACCUGAUGAUAAACCUUCAAAAUUGUUAUCCAAUGAAUUGAAUAAAUUGAUUAGAAAGAUUGCAUUUGAAAAAGCUAUUCAAGUCGAUGAAGAAGAUUUAUUUGAUUUAGAUUUGAAAAAUUUAACAAUUGAUGAUAGUUAUAACGGACCAAAAUUUGAAAUAAGUGAAAAACAUUUAAAUGAAUUUGAAAUUAAUGAUGAAUUUAUUAAACAAUUGAUUUCAUUUUUUAAAAAAAAUUCAAAUUCAAUAUUACCAAAAAAAUUAGUUUAUGCAUUAUUAAUUAAUAUUAAUAAAAUUUUACAAAAAGAACCAGCAUUUAAUGAAAUUUCAAUGGAUAAUAAAAAUAAAAAUUUUAUAAAUGUUGAUAAAUUUACAAUUGUUGGUGAUACUCAUGGUCAAUUUUUCGAUUUAAUUAAUUUUUUCGAAACAAAUGGAUUUGUUAAUGAUAAUCAUGGAUAUUUAUUUAAUGGAGAUUUUGUUGAUAGAGGUAGUUGGUCAUGUGAAGUUAUAAUAUUGUUGUAUUUUUUGAAGAUAUUAUAUCCAAAUAAGAUUUACUUGAAUAGAGGAAAUCAUGAAACUUCAGAUAUGAAUAAAGUUUAUGGGUUUGAAGAUGAAUGUAAAUAUAAAUAUGGUGAAAAAAUUUAUAAAAUGUUUGCUAAAACUUUUGAAAUUUUACCAUUAAUUACAUUAUUAAAUGAUGAUUAUUUAAUUAUGCAUGGUGGUAUUUUUUCAAAACCUGAUAUAACAUUAAAUCAUUUAAGAGAAACUAUAGUUAAAAAACCAAAUCCCAAAGAAGGUUUAGAAAUGGAAUUGUUAUGGACAGAUCCUCAAAAGGAAGAUGGUUAUGGAAUGAGUAAAAGAGGUAUUGGUAUUCAAUUUGGACCAGAUAUUACUAAAAAAUUUGUUGAAAUAAAUAAUUUGAAAGCAAUCAUAAGAAGUCAUGAAGUUAGAAUGGGAGGUUACGAAAUUGAACAUGAUGGUAAAUUAAUCACCAUUUUCAGUGCACCAAAUUAUUGUGAUUCCACGGGUAAUCAAGGUGCUAUUAUUAAUGUUGAUAAGAAUAGUGAAUUAACAUUCAAGACAUUUGAAGCAGUUGAACAUCCACCAAUGAAACCAAUGGCUUAUACUAAUAGUUCAUUUGGGUUCUAG